AUGUCCCACACCCUCACUGCCCGCGACUCGGCCCUCGAGCUCUACAGGCUGGUCACAGGCCUGCUGACUGAUCACUACGACUACGACGACAUACUCGACAAGCUCAAAGCGAGCAUGUAUGGGAUGCCUGGCGUCGUCCGGGGGGAGGUCAGGCUCCUCGACGAAUUUGCGAACGAGAUGUUCCGUUGUACCAAAGCUGCGGACGUACUUCUGGGCGGCGUCACUCCGAAAGCCACCAGCAUCAAUGACAUUCCCAAGUCGAUUAAUCGACUUCGGCAUCUACUGGAGGACGGCACGGUGAAGAAGUACCUCAGAACGACUGACUUUGGCGCCGCGGCGUUCGAUUCCGGCGGGGAUGAAGCGGAGACAAGCAUUCGACACACCCUACACCAAGUACUGCUGUCAUGCCUUGAGCGGAAUCAUCGCGACCGCCAGUUGCCCGGCUCGCUGCUCUGGGACUUUUCCGAGCUGGCCACCAUCGCAACGACAGUAUUGAAGACGACUUGCGCAGACGAUGUCAUGUACCAUAUGUUGGAACACCUCCAUACCCUCCAGUCAGCGGCCGACUUCAAUACCGAGAUGUCCUGGGCGGAAAUGAUGUCCGUUUGCCCCGACGGUCAGAGCCUGGCACACCUCGGCGUCCCCGCAUCACAGCGAGGUGCGGCGAGAUUGCUCGCUGCUGACAUCCAUGCGAGGGAAUUCGCGCACGAUCUGGCGGAGAGGGAAGAGGAUUCCGACAUGGAAGAAGGGCCAUAUCCGGAAGAGGUGGCGGAGACGGAAGAAUUGGCGGAGAUGGCGGAAACCAUGGGGACGAUGGAUAUUAGCGGCGAGCGGGGAGAGGGAUCUCAGACUGAUUUCGACGUUGUGAUGACGUUUGAUUGA